GCAAACCUUACUUUCUUUUAGAGAACCUUUAAAUUACUUUAUUAACGAGACUAAAAAUAAAAUAAAUGCUCGGCAUACCACCGCCAGUCUCAAAGGACUGGGAUGAAAUGUACUUUUACGAAAAGGUGCGCCAUCUCGUCGACAAGACAUCAGAUUUCAUCAUUUCCAAUGCUGACUGGUGGCUACCCUCCGUAGCCACGGGCAUGAUACUCAGUGUUGUUCUCCUAGGGGGACCUGAAUCCACUUCUCAGGCCCUAGGCAUCACACUUCAGUCCGCUUCACCCGUGAUACGUGCCCCACCGUUUUCGACACCCAUUCAAGGACCGCAUGGUGAGAAGCCCGAAGACCCAGAAGAUGAAUUCUAAAAAUUGUUACUUUUGAAGGAGAAAAAAGCUGUCAACCCACAGUUUGCCAAAUGGUGAAAAUGACCAGCAGCUGGGCAUGCAGUAGCAGUUGAUGAGGAGAUACUAAGUGUUGAUUUUCAAUUGUAUUGGAAGUUUUUGAUAAUCCAUAAUUAUUCACGAUGUGGGUCCCUAAAGUGAAAUAUUUUUAAAAAA